GCAUAUUAGACGUGGUGACCUUCACUGUUCAUAUUACCGUAAUAACCGGUUGAUAGUUUGAAUACUUCAUUUAUACUGUAAUUUUAAACAUAAAAUUCUGGUUAGUGAAACGAAAAAACUUUUGGGAAGAUCAGGCAGUGAAUUGAAUUAAUAUAAAAGAUUGCAUCAACAAAUGUUGUCAGUUUGAUCGGGCAAAGAAAUCAGUCAUGAAACUCAAUCAUCUAAAAGCGAUCAUUGCGAUUCUGGCCGAAGAUCGAAUCCACAUCCACGAAAAAAUAAACCUCAAUCUGGAUGACAACUUCUUACGUGAUCUUCCGAAGUUAUGUUUUGGAAAAUAUACCAGGAGCAUCAAUCAAGACAAGUUGAGAGAAGGUAUGCAAGAACUCAUAAUUGGAACAAAAAGUCUUAAUGGAAAUUCUUGGGUUGACAACAUCAUAAUCAAAGCUAUUGAGGUCAUAUUUUCAAACACAACUCAAACCGAGAGGCAACACUAUUUCGAAGAGUUGAUAGAUUAUUUUUAUAUGAUUUUGAAUGAAAAGCUGCUUCAAGAAGAAAUGCCUUCGCCUAUUCUGUCGCUUGCCGAAUACAAAAAUAGAAUAAAUAGAUUCAUCCCCAUUGUGAAGUUGAAACUGGCACUGAAAUUGUACGAUAAUACACAAAAAGGUGAAAAAAUUCCAGAAGGUAUAAUGGAGACAACAGUAGAAGAGAUUUAUCAGUAUAUUCUCUGUCCCAGAUUACUAACAGAGGAUUGUUAUAAAAUACUUAGCAAAAAACUGGGGACAUUCGACUACAAGAUAUUGGAGUAUGCUUUGGUUUCUACAGCGCAACGGCAGGGACAACUAGGUGAUUACUUCAAACUAGAAAUAAUAUUGGAAAACAGUGAACAAAACCUGCCACUUUCGUUUUUCGGCAAGUUUUUUCCAGCAGAUGACAACAAAAGGGAGCUCUCAUUAUUAAUCUACAAGAAAGAAGAAUUCUUCUAUGGUCACUUCAUUCCAAUCCUCAAACAACUUGGGUUGGGUUCCAUAACAAAUUUUGCUGCUGAUUCAUUCCUCAUCAAACCAAACGAUUGUAUUAUUUUAGAAGAUCUAUCUGUUUUGGAAUAUGCUGCUAUAGAUCUUCUUGUUCCUUUCAAUUACGAAACACUCGCUGCUGUCAUGAGAAAUUUGGCAAAACUACAUUCCUGUUCUCUGAUAUUCGAAGAAAAGCUUGGAAAAACACUUGGGAGAACCGUGCGAAUUGGAGAGUAUUACGCAAACUACUUCAAAGAGGUGAUGUAUAAUCCAGAUGUAGGUGAACCUGUAGUCAAAUCUUCCUGUGAUUUGGUUGUGAACUUCUACUUGGAUAAAUACCCAGAUCUUAUCAGGGACUUAACCAUGGAAGACUUCAAAGAGAAAGUGAAAUAUUAUUUUGGCAAAGUGUUCCAGGAUGUCAAACCUUCCAAGACGUACCGGAACGUUGUGAACCAUGGUGAUAUGUGGGGAAACAAUAUUUUGAUUCGCACCGAUAGUGAAAAAAAGUGUGUAUCGAGUCUGUUGGUCGAUUAUCAGCUGAUAAGAUAUUGUCCUCCGGCAAUUGACAUACUUUUCGUCAUGCACGCGAACAGUGAUAAGAGCACAAGAGAUAAAUAUUCGUCUAGACUUCUAGACGAUUACUAUUCUGAAAUGAAGCAUAUUUUGAAACAACACGGAAUUGACGUCAGUGAAAUCUAUCCAUACGAAACUUUAAUGGAGUGUGUACAUGAGAUGAAGUCCACUGCAAUUUGUAUGUCACUGCUUUACAAUCAGUUGUGGUUGAUGCCUAAGGAGGUGAUCUCUGAUAUUAUGGGCGACAUAGAAAAGUCGAAGAAGUUCUUCGAUGGAGAUCGGGUAGAAAUUUUCGAAAAAAUUUUCGAUUUCGCACCUAGAAGAAGGAUUAAGGAAAAUAUCGAGGAACUGUAUGAAAUUUGUUCCAGAUAGAACGUUUUCACUAUUGUGGAAGGGAAUAAAGCCAGUUUAGCAUAUUAUUACUAUUACUCCUCACAAAAUAUAUGUUUUGAAAAUACACGGGAGAUGACUAA